AAAAACAUAAAAAAUUAAAAUAAUCUUUUAAGUGCCCAACUAAGUAAAUUACGCGUAUUUAAGUGAAAUUUUGUAUUUAUUAUUUCAAUUAACAAAUAUUUCAUAUACAAAGUGUUAAUUCCAUUAAAAAUCUAGUGUUAAUACAUUUUGUAGGCGCUCUAAAUUUUGAAAAAAAAAAUUAAAAGAAAAAAAUAUUUUAAUAAAUAUUCAUUCAAUAAAUUUUAGUUCAAUAACAAAUGCUUUAAUGAGUUUCUUUACUAAAUAAUCACAAUUUUUUUUUAAAUAACGUGUCAAGUAAAUGCAAAUUCUAAAUAUAAAUAUUUUCAUAUUUUAAUACGUAAAAUAUUUAUUAAACAAUAAAGAUUACAAAUACAAAUAAAACAACAAAAACAACAACUACAUCAUAAUACAUGCUUUCAACAAAAAAGGAAUUAAGGAAAUCCUGCAGCAACAGAAACUUAAGAAGUACAACUAGCAAACGGAUGAAAUAAAAUCAAUAUUUAUAAAUAAAUAUUAUUUAAUACAUUAAUAAACAAAUGCAUACACAAGACAUAGUCUAAAACACAUGCAUCAUAAUAAUAUUGCUCAAGUUUAUUGAAUAAAUCAAAUCAAUGACAAAUUACAAUUGCACAUACACACACAUGUGAUAAAGGAUUUAAAUUAGUUGGCAACAUAGAAAAAUAAACAAAUACUACCUCAAAUACACACAAACCUAUUUAAAUCCACUACAACUGCAAACAUUCCAUUUACAACUACCGGCUUCCAGUUCCCUUCACAACACAGACACAAGAGAGAGAAACAAAUCUGCAAAUAAAAUGGUACAUGCACCCUCAAAACGGAAAUCAAAUGGCACCACCAACAACAAUACCACAAAUAAACAUGAAUACGAAAUGGAAUUAUCGGAAAAUACAGAAUCACAGCAACCAGUGCCACCAGAUGGUGGCUGGGGUUGGGUGGUCGUCUUUGGUUCAUUUAUGAUCCACAUUAUAACUGAUGGUAUGACAUAUUCCUUUGGUUUGUUCUACGAUGAAUUCCUAACAUAUUUCAAUGAGGGCAAAGGUUACACAGCAUGGAUUGUAUCAAUUAUGGUGGGAGUAACAUUUGCUUCGGGUCCCAUAUCAUCAUCAUUUGUAAAUCGUUAUGGCUGCAGAGCGGUUACGAUAGCUGGAUCUAUUUUGGCCUCAUUUUGCAUAGUCAUUAGUAUGUUUGCACAGAAUGUUCUCACCCUCAUUAUCACCAUUGGUCUGGGUACCGGUUUGGGUUUUGGUCUCAUCUACUUACCAGCCAUUGUCAGUGUUAGUACUUAUUUCGAAGCCAAGAGAUCACUGGCCACCGGUAUUGCCGUAUGUGGUUCUGGUUUUGGCACCUUUGUAUUUGCUCCCCUUACCGAACAUUUAAUUGGUUCAUAUGGCUGGCGUGGAGCUUUGCUGAUCAUUGGUGGUGUGGUUUUGAAUUGUAUCAUAUUCGGUGCCAUGUUUAGACCUUUGGAACCACCUAAGCCUAAAAAUAAGAAGAAAAUUAUUGAUGGUCAUACCACACCAGCUGAGUUGGAACCAUUAAAGCCCAAUGUCAAACAAGCCGAUCAAUAUUUACAAUUACCCAAGACUGAUGCUAAUGGUGGAGCCUUAUGUAGAUCUAACAGCGUGGGUCAUACUUUUAAGAACUCGGAUUCCAAACUUAAUGGUUCUGCUAAUGGUAAAAUGGAAAUUUCUGUUGUUUCCAAAAGCACCAGUAAUGAUGACAUUAUUAAGGUUUCAUUAAGUCAACCUCAUUUGGCACAAUUAAAGGAAUCACAUAGAGAAAAAUCCGGCAGUGGUACUAUGUAUAGACCAGAUAUCUUAUAUCAAGGUUCCCUUACCAACAUACCCGAAUAUGCUCGUUCCCGCACUGACCUCUCUGGUUCUGGUCACAUACAACGCUAUGGUUCGGUUAAACAUUCUUCUUUACACUUAAGCGAGGAAGAGGAAAUUGUAAAAUGUUGUGGCUGCAUUCCCUGCUCCAAAGAAACUCGUGAUACCAUGGCUGAAAUGAUGAAUUUCUCUUUGUUGAAGGAUGUUAUCUUUAUUAUUUUUGCCAUCUCCAAUUUCUGUACCAGUAUUGGUUUCAACAUGCCCUAUGUUUACAUAGUGGCUCAAGCUAAAGCUUUAGAUUUAACAUCGGAACAAUCCUCCUACCUAAUUGCCAUCAUUGGUGUGGCCAAUACUAUUGGCAGAAUUAUAUUGGGUUAUAUUUCCGAUAAACCUUGGGUAAAUCGUUUGUGGAUAUACAACGUCUGUCUAACAGUUUGUGGUAUUGCCACAGCCAUGUGUCCUCUCUGCACGGAUUUCUAUUCUUUGGGUUUCUAUUGUUCGGUAUUUGGUUUUACCAUUGGUGCCUAUGUGGGUUUAACCUCAGUGAUAUUAGUCGAUUUGUUGGGUCUGGAGAAAUUGACAAAUGCUUUUGGUAUAUUGCUAUUGUUCCAGGGUAUUGCCUCGCUGAUAGGACCACCCAUUGGAGGUUGGUUGUAUGACAUUACCUUGUCCUAUAGUCCUGCCUUCAUUUUAGCUGGUGUCAUGAUUGCUGUCAGUGGUUUGGUAAUGUUUGCCGUGCCUCUCCAACGUAUGCAAGCUAGAAAGGCUGAACGUUUAAAUGCUCAAGAAAUUGCUUUAAGCUAGAUAUUUCUUUUUUUGUUUUUUAACAUUAUUAUUUUCUUUUUUUAUUAAAUACUAUUACAUGUAUAUUAGUUAAUUGAUAAAGACUUUAUUAAAACAAUACAAAUCAAUACAAACUUCCUUAAAUUAAAACUUUAAAAAUGUAUAAAACAAUAAAUUUUAAAUUUAAAUCAAUAACGAACAUUGCAACAGCUACAGGCAUAACUUAGGGAAAUUAACUAUGAAAUUAAAAACUAAAGUUAUAAAUUAAUUAAAUACAAUAAUUAACUGAGAAAAACAAACUAGUUUGUAAGUAAAACUUAUUAUUUUAAAGAAAACUGCCCGUUUUUUGGUUGAUUUUCAUUCUUCCUCCCAAAUUUUAUUUUCUUUUUAAUGUAAAUAGUUUAUUUUUGAAAUUUAUUUAAUACAAUUAAAUAGAAAACAAAAACUAUAAUAGUUUAUUAAAUAAUGUGUUUCCAAGAUGUCUUGCCGUUAUCAAAAGACCUGCAUAUAUGUAUCUUCAAUCUAGCAAUGGAGCACACUUAAUAUGAUUUCUUUAUAUAUAGAUUAUAUAAAGCCAUUUUUAUUAUAUAUUAAUUUAUGUAUAAGUUUGAUUUAGUUAAAAUAUAUUUUUGUUAUAAAUAAAUGAAAACACUUAUUGAGAUCCACACCAAUCUAA